GCUCUUUCAGAAAACAUUAGUUCUUCGUCCAAACUGAUUUAACAGCCAAAAGCUCAGGAGAAAAAUAAGGAAAAUCAUAUUUUUAGAGGUAUUUUGUUAACUAAUGUAGCCAUACCUAAAAGAAAGGACGCACGCAACGGGUUUUAGUUUUAACUCUAAGAUCUUUGUAUUGUAUUGAAAGGAAAGGAAGCAUUGGCCUCGGGAAGCCGGCUGUCAGACAUUCUAAUUAGAAAUAUACUCCCGCUCGAAAAGAUACUACAUUAAGGUAAAAAAUGCAUUUUUGUGGAAAGAUUUUAUACUCGUUUUAUUUCCCCCGCAGGGAUUUCGCCCAAAAGGCGAAAUCUCGAGGAGGCACUCUAGUAACUCGCGCGUAUAUUACGGAAAGUACUUACAGUUCAAAUACACGUGUACAGUCACACAGUCAAUAUAGAAUAAAUCUCGAUUUGCUUGAACACGGGCCGCGAGGAAUCGGUAGGUAAUGAUAACUUCUAUUGUUUGCGCCCGCAAGUACGAAAUGGUUAGGAUGACGUAAAGACAGAAAAUCCCGAAGGGACUGCUCAGGUAGAUUUUGGCAUUUAUCGUGCAGUCAUACUUCGAUAUCCUUUUGCGUUACGCAGUGACAUUCUGUGGAGCAGUUGUUUUGAAAGUUAUGGACCAAAAGACACUCGUUAAGCGCAGAUGAGGCUAUAAGGUGCGUUUAACAAUGUAUAUAUAAAGACUUGGAGAGUUUGCCAGACAUGAGUUCACAAAUCUUUGAUUUAUAUUGAAAACCUUGGUAGAAAAUUUCUCUCUCUUUGACCGGAAUAAGACUCAGCCCCAAACAAGCAAGACGAGUGAACAACGGCUAGCUUAUCACUAGCAGAACGAUGGACGAUUACAGAAAUUCGCCGACAAUCAAAUUGUGCUGACUUAUUCCCUGCUCACAUAUGUCCAUCCGUUAUAAAGUUUCAAAUAAGACUAGAAUGCGCGAGCGUGAAUCGAUCAAACGUCCUUUUAAUUUCUAAGGUUUACUUUCCGGUAAAUAAUUAAAAAUGAACUGAAUGUAAAAAGUGAAAGAGAAAUAGCGAAUUAAAAAUUCAACUUCUAAUUAAAUCUUUUCUUAUGGUUUAGAAUAAACUAUUCUCGAAACUGAGAAUGUUUUGAUCAAAGCUGUGUAAAUCGAGCUGAAACUGUGCAUGGAACCUUGCGUUUCCUGUAUUUAUCUCACCUAUUGUAUGGAAUAUGUGUGAAAAUCUUCAUUAUGAGUCGGUAUAUUUCAAAGAGCUACACAACGAGCAAGAAUACUAUUGACCGACAAUAUACAGAACGGAGGCCGCUGUAGUGUCAACUAUUACUAGUUGAGUAUUUUACGGCAGUAAAUAUGCAAAGUCAUAAAUCUUAGGGAAAAAUUUAUAAGAAGAAAGCUUUACUACAAUGAUAAACUGCGUAACAACCUCUUUACUAUGAUAAGCCUGACAGAUCCAACAAGGAACACAAUUGAAACUUUGUAUGGGUUUUUUUGGCGCGAUCUGUAAAGUGAGCAAAACAUCAGUCGAUCUUUUCAGGUUGAUACGAGCGUACAUGGGUGCUCAAGGAACCCACAAAACGAGUUUUGUUUUCGCGGCACCUGUCACCGAGACCCAUCAAAUGUCUUGUUCUAAAGCUAGUAUGAAGAAUUUAAGUUUUUGUAGAGCAUUUUUUAAUUCUUUAAGAUUACCAGAAUUUCUAAUUUAUAACAUUAGUUUAUUCUACUGUUUACUAGCUAUGGACCAAGUUCUUCGUGAACAAGAAUCUCUCAUGAAUGCCGAUUUUCUUCUUCUUUUAAUUUUAAAAAUGUAUAUGUUACAAUCUAAGGAUAAAGGGCCUCUUUCAAUAGCUAGUAAACAGUAGAAUAAACUAAUGUUAUAAAUUAGAAAUUCUGGUAAUCUUAAAAAAUUAAAAAAUGCUCUACAAAAACUUAAAUUCUUCAUACUAGCUUUUGACUUUUUUAUCUAAUAUUUGUAGUUAAUUUUUUAUUCUUCGCAACAGGGUUUGUAAACUUUUUCUGAAUGUUCAGUGGUUUAAUUCAGAAUCGUUUUUUAAAAACAGUUUUUACUUAUAAAUAUAUUUUAAGCAUUAGAAACAUUAGAUCCUUUGUAGUUAUAGUUUUCAUUAAACUCUUGUAAAUCACGUGCUCUCUCGAACGAGUUUGCUGUCACUUGUUGCUCAGCUGUGUGACUUUAAGAACUUUUUUUCGAGUCUUAACGUAGAUUGAAGAAGAUGAUGUUGUGUUAACUAGUGUCAUUUGUCUUUUUUCCCAGAUUCAAAGAUGAAUGUUAUGGGAAGGGUGAUUACUGUCCUUAUUAUGAUGUUCGCAAUGUUGAUAAAGGCAAAACAGGAUCGAAAUCUUCAAGGUAACCCUAAUCCCCAUGUACUCCCACCCACUAGAUGUACCAGCCGUUUCACUGCCCUACCUUGGGAUGAAAAAAGUAUUGUGAAAAGCGAAUGCCACUUAUGUUCAUGUUAACGAACCUGCGGACCUGGGUGAUGGUUGAGGCCUGUAAACAGCUGAGAGGAGAUGUUCAAUGCAAACAGGGCUGUUUUUGGAGUUUUCUCGGUGCUGUUUUUAUGGAAUUAUCCCACGUAAGUUUUAAAAUAGGAACUCAUUCUCCUUUAUUUUGUUCAGAGUGCUUUGAUGUUUUGAUAAGGGAUGGUGAAUGGGAUUUUGAUAGGGACGUUACAAACAAAAGUCACGGUAAUUCUUUAAUGCCGUGUAAGAUUGCAAGUGUAUUGAGUAUAACUCGUGUGUUUCUUUGCUUCUUACUUUUUCGGCAGAUUACGCCGAUAAUAUAAUGCAGAAAAAGGAAGAGAUAACGAAGGAGCAGGAAACAGCCAAGAAAAUAAUUGAUGGGUUCGCUAAAGGGAUUGAAGUUAGUUGCGCAGGUAGGUAGAUGAAGUAAAAUAAUCUCACGAAAGAUAUAUAAUUCCGGUUAGUGGGGUUUGGUGUGACGCAGGGAUAGCUGGAAUGACACAGAGCCGGUUUGUAAAGUAAACGCGUCGCGAGCCACACACAAAAAAAAUCCGGUGUAAUUUUUCUUUUUGGCCUUUCCUUUAGACAGAGAGAAAAAACCGAGUAGUCAGAACGUGUAAAUUAGCUGCUACCGAGGAGCAUCGUGUUUUAACGACCUUUGUGGCAUAAAAUUAUAUUUCGGGACUGUCCAAUUAUCCUUAUAAAAUAACAGUGGUGUAGGUGGGCAAAUAGGUUAUUUUGCUUGGGGAGAAUAAAUUUUGUUUUCUUCACCUAAUAUAAUCUACCGUGAUCAAAGGUGAUUGGUAUAAUUUUUUAGGUUUACAAGACUAUUAACUCGAUGUAAGAUUUUAGAUCUUGUUUCAUGCUUGCACUGUUUGCAAAUUAUUUUUUUUCUCUAAAAUCAGCCAGCUUCACCCUUUAAAGUCAUAUGGAUCUCUCCAGUUAACUGAUUUGUAGAUAAUUUACAAGUUUUGGAGCUACGCUUUUAGCCCUGGCUAAAUCUAAGUAUUAUUUUAUUUUAUUGACGCCCUCACUGGUUACUUUAAAAAGCAUUGUCCAAGAUAAAUGUUGUUUAUAAUGUUCAGUAUUUCUUUACAACAAAAACAACAACUUUAUUGACUUUAUCUUCGACUUGAAGAUUUCAGUACCAAAACAAUGACAAAUGAAAAAAGUAAAAUAAAAGUUAAGUAAGAAAGAAAGGAACAGUUGAAUAUUACCUAAAAAGAAAAAUUAAGAAAGAAAGGAACAAUUGAAUAUUAUCAUAAAAGAAAAAUUACUCGGCUAUGUACGGCUUCUACGCUACCCGUAUGUUAAGAAAGUUUAAUUGGUAGUUCGGAUGCAUAAGAAUUUAGAAUAUUUUCAAUAUAAGAGGCACUGAGAUUUCUGAUGUUUUCAUCGCACAUAGACAUGAUAUAUGAAAAUAGUGCCUUGCAAGACAUAUUCGUAAAAUUACUGUUUAUCUAGUAUAGGCUCUCCAAGAAGAUACCCCUUAUAUGAGAAAGUGAUGAGUGGGUACAUUUCAAUAAAUAGUGGAAUUCAUCACCAAUUUCGGAUACAAUAUAAGAUACCGCGAAUUAUGCUGGAUUAUCAACGGUUUCAACAGCAAAGGAUUGGGAAACAGUUUCUACCAUGCAGAGUGUUGCGUUGAAUCCCAUCCAUAAAUGGAUAUUUUUUGGGAAAAAAUCUUACCUUCCUGGGUGCCUGUGAAGGUUGACGUUUUAUUUAUGCGUGUGCAUCAGCUGCAUUUCGGUUUAUUGCAGGGGCCACAACCACCCAUCGUGGUGCCCUCACCAGGCUCCUUGUAUAUAUACAAGGGUUGCUAAAGAGAAAAAAAAUGCUACAACAUUGUCUCUACAACGAUGUUUCGUGACCUGUUACACUCACUCAUCAGGAGACUUUAAUGGAAAGAAUAUUCACGAGCAAGGAAUAUAUAAAAUUAGAGUAAUCCCUAGGGUACUGCCCCUAGGGUAUUGCUAGUUGUAACGUAAUAGCGCUUUGUUUCUGUGUCGGCAUGAGGACACGAGUUCGUUUCGUUUGUUCAGCGUGGAACGUUCUGGUUGACGGAUUAUAAUGAAUUUCUCCAAGAGGCACAAGUUACAUCUUCUGUUGGCGCUCCUGGUUGGCGCUGUUGUAUGGUUUGGCCCAGGCUAAAAUGUUCCACGAAAUCCCGGGGGAGGGCACUCCCUUACAAGAGGCUAAUGGGACUGUGCCGCUGGACGGGGUCGCAUUUUCACGACUGGAGUGACUAUAAUGGGAUCGCAUUUUCAAUAGAUUUACUAGAAUGGGGUCGCAAAUUUUCGGAUUUUGGGGGUAAGAAAGGAUUCAAAAUGGAAAGAUUCUCGAUUAAAAAAUCAGAAAGUUGUUGUUUAUUAAAUUUAACAAUAAGCUCGCAUUGACCGCAUUACAUUCCGCCGCUUGAAACCACAUUGUUAAGGUAGAUGCAUAAAUAGAAAGUGACUGAGUUGGGAUCGCGAAAAUUACAUUUUCCAAAAGGUGACUAAAACGGGUCUAUAAUUGGCCAAAAAAUAGACUAGAGUCGACUCCCGAUAACUCUAACCUUUAAGGGAAAUCGAAAAAAGGUUCGAGUUAUCUGGAGUUCGAGUUAACGGGAGUUCGAAGAAAAUAGCCGAGAGUAAGGUAAAAAACAGUUUUUACUACACAGUGAACAUUUUAAUCACAUUUAAUACCUUUUUUUGAGUGACAGUUUUUCACCCAGAUGACAGUAGAGAGAAGAGAAGACUAAUUUAGUGAGCAAAGAAUAUUUCUCCAUACAACGUCUUAUAAUUUUCUUGCUGUAUGAAUAAUUAAUUAGCUUGCUGGGUGCUGUUGUUUUCCGGUUCUUGGCAUCCUAAGAGGCCUGAAACGCAGUACUUGGGUUAAUGUUUGCUGGGUAUGUACCGCUGGCCUCUCAGAACCCCUACCCCAUUAUACAGUCGACUCCCGAUAACUCGAACCCUCGCUUAUUCGAACCUCGCGCUAAUGCACCUAUCAAUGUAAAGCCGGCGGGGUGGGGGGGGAGGCAGGGCAUGAGGUGGGGAUUUGAUUGCCUUUGUUGGCCCUGGGGUAGGGCAUUUGACUGAUCUUGUUCUCCCAGGGGAGGGGAUAUUUCAAUCUUUCUUCGCCCGAUGUGGAGAUAUUUGACUGCCGACUCGGACGAAAAAGACUGAGACCGAACAUGUUUUUCCCUCUUCCACGCUUCAUGCAUGCGACGUAUGGUUUGAAAAGAUCAGGAAGUCAUGGAGGCCAAUGAGAACAAGCGAAGGCUGAGUGGAUUUCACUGUUUUGUCUUCAAAUUUCGUUUGUUUUAGCAUGUUUUUGAUCAAUUGAACCUCUUAAAAUACUGUGGUAUCAAAGUAAUUGGAAGUAAAGAGAAACCAAGUCGAUUUUUGCAAGUACAAUUGAUUAGUGUAUGGUUCAUUAGCUACAAUCACAGUAAACUUAUAAAACUGACUUUCUUUGUACCCUUUACUAAGAACGGUAUAUUUAAACUUACAAAAUGUGGACUUUCUUCUAUAGGUUUAUGUAUUCUACGCAGUGUAACAUGUAUUAUGGCUAAAACGUAUAAUUGUAGCUGUAACGGGGACAUGUAUCUAUGGCGAUGCAGCAACGUUUAUAAAAGCGAUUGCAGAGUUUUAUUUGGAGAUAUUUUUGUUGUGCCUUUCUUGUGUUCUGCCUUGGGAUUGACAGCAAUGUGCAGCCUGGGGUGGGGAAAUUUGGUUGCAUUUGACUGGAAUGAUUUGCCCGUGGGCAAGGAAUUUGAAUUCAAAUUUUUGAAAAAAGUCAAAUCCCCACCCGAUACCCUGCCUCCCCCCCGCCGGCAUUACAUUGAUAGGUGCAUAACUCGAACCAAAAUCGAUUUCCCCUGGAUUUCCGUCGUACAUUCACUGUAAUUUUACCCUCGGUAACUCGAACCCUCGAUAACUCGAACUCCCGUUAACUCGAACCAAUUUUCGUUUCCCCUCAGGUCAUUUUCUAUAUAAAUUUACCCUCGAUAACUCCAACCAUGUUUUGAGCCCUUAAAAAGUCGGGAAAAAAGCCGUCUACUGGCGUCCGAAACAUUGAAUUUUGGAUUUCCUAUUGACGUGUUGUAGGAGUAUAGUUUACUAGUGGAGGCGGAUGUGUUGCUGGUAUGUUUUUUUUAUAGUGGGUGGGUGGUUGCUUUCGCGAUGGACGUAUUGGAGUGUAGUGAUGUGAGGUAUAUGAAAUAAUUCAUUUUUGAACUGCAGUUGUAGAUGAGAGUGAUCAUCGCAGUAAAUUUUCAAAUUUAAGCAAUUGAAAAAUUUACUGCGAUGAUCAUUCUUCACUCUCAUCUACAACCGCAGUUCAAAAAUGAAUUAUUUCAUAUACUUAACAUCAUUUCACUCCUCAAAGGAGAUAAUAACUCAAUAAAUUGACCUCGCUCCCAAUGUGUGGCUUCAUAGCUCAGUUGGUAGAGCAACGCACCGGCAACGCGGAGGUCACGGGUUCGAAUCCCGUUAAAGCCCUGAUUUUUUUCAGGCUUCUUCUUUCCAAUUGCUUAAAUUAGAAAAUUUAUUGGAGUGUAGUGUUAGGUUUUGUGUAACAGCAAGUGGUAACGUUGCGAGUAUGCGCGAGCCGCUGGACGGAAGUGUGUGGUGGUAUUGGAUCGCAGCGAAUGCAGCAAAGAAAAAUGGCGCCUCUUUUAAAAAUUACCAUCGUCGACCAUCGUCUUAGUCAUCUGUUCUAUCUUUGUGGAGUGCAGAUAAGACAAAGUCAUUUUUGUAAUAUGCGAGAUUGGUCUCAAGGCUAAUAAGGCGCAGAUCAUUCACAAUUUUGCGCGGUUUGUGGUCCAUGAGUGAUUAUGUUUCGUGUUUUGGCUUGUGCGCUGACACGUCAAGCUUCGAUGGGGUUUUGUGUAACAGCUGCAAAACUCCUCUAUUAAAACACUGGAUAACUGGGAAAAAAAAAUCUCUUCACGUAAGUUGGGAGCGAGUACAAAACGUCCGACGCUUUAGAUUUGAAUAAAACGCUGUGAAAAAAAUUCUAAAUGCUAGUCUGUUUAUAUAGUCAUAACUGCAGUUCUUCUGACAAUCUCCUUGCAUUAAUACGAUUUCUCGUCAGUUAUGGUUCAGGAACGCCCUGUUGUUCAGAGAUGUACAACCUUAGUGCAGUGAUUCUGCCAGUGAUUACUUUUCAGAGAUACCCUAUCCUAACCACCAGUGUCCAGACCAGGUGCAGUGCCCUAAUUCUGCGGGUGAUAAAAUUUCAAAGAUAUCCCACCCGGGGCUAUGAAAUUGUAUGUUUCCAUUUUUGACUAGAUGAUAUAAAACUAAAGACCCAAACUCUAGAAAUGACAUCUAUUAAAUGUAUGUGAUGCCUUAGUAGGCAGAAUUUUGUAAUACGGAGGCUCUUGAAUCCAAGAUGCCCCUUAUAAUUCUAAAAUUAAGAAUUAGAUGAGCCAAAACAGCAGUGUGGUACAAGAUGUUUCAUAUUACAGAUGUGUUUUAUUGAGGUAACCCUAACCAUGAAAAAUCCUCUCCCUUUACUCCCCACACUUCUACAUACUAGAAAAUUGCAAAUAUGCACACAACAGUGAAAAUACUUAAAAUAGUAAAGAUCAAAGUCAUAUCUAAAACUGCAUCUUGAGGUGAAUUUUCUGCUUCUGAUACUUCCAUGCUUGCACUCAUUUUUGCUUUUCAUAAAUUUUGUUGUUGGUAUUUUCUACUGCACAUGUGUUAAUUAUUUGAUAUAUAACUAAUAAGGCUUAGCUCCCUUGACUAGCCCAUAUCUAUCUAUUAGUACGGAGUAACUGUUGGAUCGACAGGUGAGCGCGGUUUCAGUGUUAUUAGCGCGCGCCAGUGUCGUUCUUUAAGCCGUUAUUCUAUGUAGCGUGUGACUUGUAUUUGAAUUUUAAAUGUUUAUAUCAUUCGCCCUCGGGAAGGCCGGUGUUUCCGGUCGAAAUAUAGGUGAGGAGAGACAGUGGGCGUAUAGACUGGGGUGUAUAAGGCCACAUGGUUUUAGCCUGCGUAGCUGGCGGUAUUGUGUGGGUGCGAGAUUAAAGUUUUGGCGGUGGAGCCGUGUUCCAAAAAAAGGGAGUAGGGACGAGGCGGUUGAAAUACCGCCUGCCAGAAAACCCCGGUAUUCUGAAUAGUCCGCACACCAGUGUGCGGGGAAACGGAUUGGUCGAGGGCCAUACGUAUGUCAAUCAUGUCAGAUGAGCCUUCGCAUAUAUUUCCCAAUUUAGGGAGCAGAUAGCCUCCCACGCAGGCGUUUUUAGCUCCCCUAAAAACGCCUGCGUGGGAGGCUAGGGAGCAGAUGGCAAACUGAAAAAGACGUACAUGUAAAGUGAUUGUGAUUUCCGCUUUAAAAAGAGCAUAAUUGAUGACCAAAUUGCCGAAAUGGCGUCUUUAAACUUCACACCGCUGGAAUUGUCUUUAUUUAGCCGUACGAAACAAAGAUAAAAGAAAAUGAAAACACUAUACAACUGCAUCUGAGAUCAAAUCCUAUCAGGAACACCUACAGAAGAAUAAACCACCGGAAAUGGUUACUCAGUAUGCAUGUAACAAACCACCUUCAUGACCUUUUAAUGUUAAACCUGGUGUUGCAAAAAAAGAUUUACUCAUUCAAAGUUUAGAAUGAUACAUGCACUGUGUAGUGCUAGUAACCUUCGCGCGAGAGCCGAGAAAAUAAAAAAACCCUCUGUUCAAGCAAACUCGCAAGGUCACGUUUCACAUUAUCACGAGCUUAGGAGUCGUGCUUAGUCUGUGAACGCUUAUUUCGAAACUGUCUCGCGCGAAAAUAAUCGGAAGUUUCAAAUUGCAGGUUUUUCUUUGACUGGCUAUAAUUGCGAUCAAAAGUGGGCGGCAUUUGAAAAAUCAUGGUUCUCUGGCAGGCGGUAUUUAUCGCCGCUCCGCUGUCAAAUCUCACUCGACUAUAUUAAAACGGCUCCGCCGCCAAAUCUCACUCGACUACUACACAAUACCGCUAGCUACGGAGGCUACAUGGUUUUAAUGACAAUGAUUUCUUUUACAGCCAGAACAAGCGCGCCCGAGUACGGAGUAACUGUUGUAUCGAAAGGUGAGCGCGGUUUCAGUGUUAUUAGCGCGCGCCAGUGUCGAUCUUUAAGUCGUUAUUCUAUGUAGCGUGUGACUUGUAUUUGAAUUUUAAAUGUUUAUAAAGUCGUGAAACGCGUUUUCAGGCCAUUCACCCUCAGGAAGGCCGGUGUUUCCGGUCGAAAUAUAGGUGAGGAGAGACAGUCGGCGUAUAGACUGGGGUGUAUAAGGCCACAUGGUUUUAAUAUAAGUGAUGUUCCAGAGCAUUCAGGAGGUGUUAAUAUAUCAGUAGGUAAGAGCUCCAGAAAUAGCCCCUUUUAGGUUUUGAUAAAGACCAGGUAGCGAAUAUCCAUUUAUACUCCUGGAAAGAGCGCCUUGAAUUACAAAGCAAGUUUAAACGUAAUACGUAAACAGGUAGCGAAGAUAUUGUUCCACAAAGUCGCAAAAUUUUACAGACGUUUGUACUGUUGUAUGGUGGGAGCACGACCUUGCAUAGGAAAGG